UGGUCCGCGAGUUGUUCCGGAUGUGACGUGUUCAGAGACCCGUAUGAACGUGACGUGUCUCAAUCCCGGAAAUCAGCAGCGCAGGAGCUUCUCGAUCCGCGACGGAUUCCUCAAACAUCACAUAAACAACAAUAAACUGAGAUGGUGACUGAUGUGCAGCUGGCCAUCUUCGCCAACAUGCUGGGGGUCUCUCUGUUCCUGCUGGUGGUCCUCUAUCAUUAUGUAGCUGUGAACAACCCCAAGAGACUGGAGUGAGAGAUGCUGAAGUCCUCGUUCACCGGGAGGAUCCGGACGCCUCCACACUUGCGUUUUACAUGAAACUGAUGGGAAUAAAGCUGUCAAGUGUGA